AUGAGAGACGGGAAGCAGACCGACAAGUCCGCCGCUCCCGAUGGCCAGCAGCGGUUCAGCAUCAGCCAGCUUCAGCAACUGGUGGAGGCUCUUCAGCUCGCAUCUGAGCAAGAAGCAGAACGUCAGAUGUGGCGAGACGUCGAGGAUCCCGGUCACCCCAGCCCUUCAGCCCCAGCAACGGAAACUAGGGCUCAGGGCGCGGGAGCUAGCGCUCGGGGUGUGGGAGCUGGCACUCGGGGUGCGGGAGCUGGCACUCGGGACUCGGGGGCUGGCGCUCAGGGUGCGGGAACCGUUGCUCAGAGUGCAGGAACUGUUGCUCCGCAAACGGGAUACAUCGCGCAGGCCGGGCACGACGGUUACCCGAUUUCGGCGGACUAUGCGCCUCCCGCUCGUCCGUCCUCCCCGCGGCCGCCCACCGGUCGUUGGGGCACCCAUCCCGGCGUAGCUACCUCUCAGGCUGUUGUCGGCAAUGACGAUAAUGGGGCUGGACGCUGCGGCGGCUGCUGUGACAACUGCGGCUGUUACAACCGCGCUUCUGAGGACGCUGAUCCUGGGAACAACGCCGGCGGGCUAAGAUGGUAUUGUAUCACCAAAGGGAAAGCGAUCGGCGUGUUUCCCGACUGGGCAAUGGUCGGCCCUCUGACUCUCAAUGUGUCUGGCUCGCUGCAAAGACGGCACGCGACGUUCGGUGCUGCACUAACGUCGUUUAUCAACGCAGUGAACAGAGGCGACGUUGCCGUUAUCAUGUAG